GGUACACUCUUGACGCGUCCGUUUUGAGCUGCGCCGGAAGUGACCGGCGGCGUUUCGCUAGCAGCUUGCGCUAACCGGACCGGGACCGGCGGAACCGACAGCGGAGGCGAAACGUCAGGAUUCCACCGGGCCGAACGGACAGAUCGCGCGUCGUCUCCGAAUCUGGAGUUUGUCUGCAGUUGCUCGCGCUGAAGAACCAGGAAGUGCAGCACGGUCGGCCGGCGUGACGUGUGCUUGAGGGGCGUUUGUUUGGGGGCGUGGCCUGUCGGCAUCUUCUAACUCGCCAUUGGUGAACAGGUGUGCAGCAAUCCUGCUGUGGCUCUGCGAGCGCGCAGUGGGUGGAGUCAGGCUCAGACUCGGGCUGUGAUUGGCUGAGAGUGAUGAGUGGGCUGGCGGGGCCUCACGGGCGACGUGGGGGCGGGGCUGUGAUCCGCGAGCGGGGGCGUGGCGUGGACUCAUCGUGCUGGUUCGCCCCCGGCGCCCUGCGGCGUCUGGUCGAGCUGCCGGCGCCGGUCCUGUCCCGCCACCAGCUGAAGCGUCUGGAGGAGCACCGCUACAGCAGCUCGGGACGCUCGUUGCUCGAACCCAUCAUGCAGCGCUACUGGGAGUGGCUGGUGCGCAGGAUGCCGCCCUGGAUCGCGCCCAACCUCAUCACCAUCGUCGGUUUGGCGACGAACAUCUUCACCACGCUGGUGCUGGUGUUUUACUGCCCAACCGCCACCGAACAGGCUCCUCUCUGGGCGUAUCUCCUGUGUGCGGUGGGUCUGUUCAUCUAUCAGUCGCUGGACGCCAUCGAUGGGAAACAGGCGCGACGCACUAACAGCAGUUCACCACUGGGGGAGCUGUUCGACCACGGCUGCGAUUCGCUCUCCACAGUGUUUGUGGUUUUGGGCACGAGCAUCGCGGUUCAGCUGGGCACUCACCCCGACUGGAUGUUCUUCUGCUGUUUCGCCGGCAUGUUCAUGUUUUACUGCGCUCACUGGCAGACGUACGUCUCCGGCACGCUGCGCUUCGGCAUAUUUGACGUCACAGAGCUGCAGAUCUGUCUCGUGUUGUUGCCGGCGUUCACGGCCGCCAUCGGCCCCGCCUUUUGGAACGUAACGAUUCCCGUAAUAAACAUCCAAAUGAAAAUUAUUCCAGCACUUUGCACAUUUAUCGGGGUGGUUUUCUCCUGUACCAAUUACUUCAGAGUCAUAUUUACAGGCGGUGUGGGGAAAAACGGAUCCACUAUAGCGGGCACGAGUGUGUUAUCGCCCGUCCUGCACAUCGGCUCCGUUAUCGUCCUCGCCAUGAUGAUUUAUAAGAAAUCAGCCGUCCAGCUUUUCCAGAAACACCCCUGCCUCUACAUCCUAGCCUUCGGCUUCGUAUCUGCCAAAAUCACCAAUAAACUAGUGGUGGCUCACAUGACGAAGAGCGAGAUGCAUCUUCACGACGUGGCGUUUCUGGGUCCCGGCCUGUUGUUUCUCGAUCAGUAUUUCAACAGCUUCAUCGACGAGUAUCUGGUGUUGUGGAUUUCUCUGAUUCUGUCUCUCUUCGAUCUGGUGCGCUACUGCGUGAGCGUCUGCAACGAGAUCGCAUCCCACCUGCACAUCUGUGUCUUCAAGAUCAAGUCACAGAACACAGUGGCGGCCUUCGAGUGAUGACUGACGUGGGCUUCGUUCGUACGGUUACAUCUUACUGCACUUUCAUCCCGAUACUAAACCAGAGCCAGUGGAUCCUGAUUGAAACCAUUCUACACUUAGAAGAAAAGAGGAGUUCAGGUGAAAAUAAAAUGGGUUUGUUUCUUCAUCGGAUUCCAUCACCUGCACACCAAUGGAUGUGAAUGGGUGCCGUCAGAAUGACAAUACAAACAGCUGAUAAACAUCACAACAAUCCACACCACUCCAGUCUAUCAGUUAACAUCUUAAGAAGAUCUUGAAACAAAGCUGCUUGAUCUGUGCAGAUUUCUCUCCUGAUUCAGACCAGAGGAAGUGUUAUUAUGGAUUUUUAAACGUCUUAAUGUUUGUUUCAGCUUUUGUCUUCUCAAGAUGUUUACUGAUGGACUGGAGUGGUGUGGAUUACUUAUGAUUAUUAUGAUGCUUUUACCAGCUGUUUGGACUUUCAUUCUGACGGCACCCAUUCACAUCCAUUGGUGAGCAAGUGAUAGAAUGCUACAUUUCUCCAAAUCUGAUGAAGAAACAAGCUAAUAAAUAAAUGAACAAACUAAUGAAUGAACUAACGAACUUCCGAUAGGUCACUUUUCUUUAGGUCAUUGUUUUAAGAAGAUCGGAAAUGUUUCUCGCUCUUUGUUACCCAUGAUGCAUCGGGGUCUGUAUUAUGGUUUUAAAGACUCGUUCUCACGUGUUUGAAUUGGAUUAAACGAGUGAAGUCAGAUCAAUGAUUUUGUGGCUGCUAAUGAUGAUUUUGUGAGAGCGUUUACUUUGUUUACGUACGUCUAUGUUUUGCGUUUUAAUCGGGCUGUAUUUUUCCCUUCAUCACUCCGUUUCGUCGUUUCUUUAAAGGAUGUUUCUGUCGUUUUGUUUUAAAUGGAAAGCACUUAAUUUAUUGGCUCGUCCCUGAGUUUUCAUUCGUUUAGAUUUUUGUGUCUCACGCCGUGCCUGCUGGGUGAAUCUCACAAUGUCAUGUUUCACACUAAAAUGAU